UACAUAUGACAGCUGUCUCGCAGUGCAUUCAGCGGCGAGAGAUCCGGCUUCAUUCCAUGAGGCUUGGAUCGUGCUAAACGAGUGGUGUUUGCAGUUAACUUUCCUUUUUAAGCAUCAAAGUUAUUUCUUGAAUUGAUGCUUCUUUGAGGAAUCGCAUGAUGUUUUCUGCCAUUAAAAGAUUAGCCGGUAAAUCCGAUGGGGUCGGCAAUGCGUCUUCCAGACCAGCUCAUCAAUCCAUGCCAACGAAUCUUCAGAGGAAGUUUGCUAAAGGCGUGCAAUAUAAUAUGAAAAUAAUAAUAAAAGGAGACAGGAAUGUAGGAAAGACAUGUUUAUUCCAUAGACUGCAGGGGCAAAAGUUUAUCGAAGAGUAUAUACCCACAGAAGAGAUACAGGUGGCGAGUAUACAGUGGAAUUACAAAGCCACCGACGACGUGGUCAAAGUGGAGGUAUGGGAUGUCGUAGAUCGCGGUAGACGCCGGCGGAAAUUAGAGGGUCUAAAAAUGGACAAUACUCCGGCUAAUGCAGAAAACGUUAUCGAGGAACCUGCCUUAGAUGCCGAGUUUCUCGACGUUUACAAGGGUACCAAUGGCGUUAUCAUUGUGAUGGACAUCACGAAGAACUGGACAUUUGAUUACGUCCAACGUGAGCUGCCGAAAAUACCUAGCCACAUACCUGUUAUUGUCCUCGGCAACCACUGCGACAUGUCACAUCACAGAACCGUCACCGCGGAUCACGUGACAUACUUCAUAGAUUCACUACACGAGAGAAUAGCACAAGUGAGAUACGCAGAGUCAUCGAUGCGAAAUGGCUUCGGUCUAAAAUUAUUACACAAAUUUUUUAAUUUACCAUUUCUGCAACUGCAACGCGAGACACUGUUGAAGCAACUCGAGACCAAUGAAGAGGAGACGCGUUUGACCAUCCAGGAGCUAGAUCUCUUCCAGGAUAGCGACGACGCUGAUUACAACAAAUUCCUAGACAAUCUCGUGAAUCGUAGAAGAGCACUUGCCGAUUCAGUGUCCGCUAGCAAUCUAGUCGCAAACGUUGUUCCGUCGUCUAUGAGUAAUUAUCACAUAGCUUCCAACACAAAUGCCAUCGGAGAAGUCAAAAGAUCGGCUUCGAUGCCCGGUCCUAUUGGAGGCGGAACUCCAAUACCGGUGAAAAAUUUGGAAAUGAAACCGAGGAAAGAGAGCUCUACGGCGAGCACGUUGGAUAAUGUAGUUAAUUCCACGAAAACAUCACAAAUUACGACAUCAUCUAUUUCACAAAAUUCCACUGUUAAAAUAGAAGUGGUUAAAUCGGUUGAAUCUGCCAAUGGCGAGAGAAGAGAUUCACUCAAUCGAUCAUCGUCACUCAUGUCCAAGAUCUUUGGUCAUAAGAAGGAAGAUGAGAUAGAUGGGAAACUGCCAAAUAUUAAAAAUGUUAAUUUGAACGCACCGUUGACUAGUGUUGAAGACUUUGUGCCAGAUGGAAUGCUGGACAAAUCGUUUUUGGAAGGCUGCAGUCUGAGCCCUAAUUCCCUUACCCCAGAGCCGAUUUCUGCACCAGCUCAAGAAGAGGCAGAAUCUGAGAGUGACAUGGAGACUGGUAAUCCUCUGGUAGCCGGUUACGAGGAUGACUUGUCAUCCAUUGAAGAAGUAGCUUCUCCUAUACAGCCAAAAUUAACAGAGAAUCCGCUGUCCAAACAGAAACACAAAUUAGAACCGCUAUCAGGUUCAGAGAUAAAUAUCGAGCAGCCAAAACAAGUCACGAAAAGCAACUCCGUUUCUUCUAUAGAACAAGAGCUGCAGAUCUCCAAUGAAUAUGAAUCAAACGAGCAACCAGAUAUAAACUCGGAUGCUUUUGAUAGCUGGUUGCGACGGGAUUCCAAAUGGCGACAAAGUCCUGAAGGAGGUGAAGACGUGAGUAGUACUAGUACAAGAAAGGAUAGACUGGAAUUGAGCGAUAAAAGUCUGGACGUUAGCGUGACAAGUUCUAAUGUUCAUCUGGAGCUGCUUGAUGAUACUAGUGUGCGCCACGUAAGCUCCAAUGCUAGUAGUCCGGUGAUGAAAGAAAAAAAGAAACAUAAAGAGAAGGGGGAUGAAAAGGAGAAAAGGAAAAAGAAGAAGUCAAGAGACAAAGAUAAGGAUAAGGAGAAAACUGAGAAGAUCGAAAAAAAGAAAAAACGCUCAUCGCAUCGAUCGAAGGACGAGAAUCGAGAGCGAGAUGAGCUUGAAGAAUUUUUAAACGGCUCGGUCACGAGAAUUGGCGUUGAUGUGGCCUACGAGGCAAUUUAGCAUUCAUUACUUAGCAUACGUUAUACGUAAUAACGUUAGGAAAUAUUCUCGGUAACAUUUAUUAAAAGCGCCACGCAUCUUCCAGAAAGACUUCGCUCUCUUCAAUGUAUGUUACGUUUCCCCGAAAGCGGAAGAAUGAGAUUAUUUUUUAUGGAAAAGAAAUAAUGUGUUUCGAAUUGCAGUAUUAAUCUGCGAAAGAAUAUACUCGUUUUCCGCAAACAGUGAGACGUCCAUUUUGGAGCCACUUGACCUGUAUUUCAGCCGGUCUCGGCAUCUCAGUCUGCCACGAUAAAAAUUGUGAUUUUACGAAGAAUACGUUUCAGCGAUCAACUAUGCACUUAUUUAUAUUGCAUUUCUCAUGUUGGAUGUUUGACGAUUUUUCACAUACAUUUGGAAAACCGUACGCGAUGAGUUUGUUGCGUGAAUGGAUACAAUACGCGAAUAUUCUUUUACCCUGUACGUAAUAUGACGACUAUGUGACAUUAACGGUAUAUUUACAAUAUUAUUUAUUA